AUGCGUUUCUCAACUCUCCUUUCAUCGGCGGCGCUGAUGUACGAGGCCGCUUCAGCAGCCAGCGUGGAGUACAAAGAUGCUGAUACUGGAAUCACUUUCCAGCAAUUUACCGACACGAGCAGCAAGUUCACCUUUGGUAUCGCCCUUCCUAAGAACCCCAGCACAGACUUUAUCGGUCAGAUCAUCGCUCCUAUUUCCGAGGGAUAUGCUUCCGUCGGUAUGGGCUCCACCAUGGCCAAGAAGCUCCUCGUGGUUGCUUGGCCCAACGAUGGCAAGGUCCUCACUUCAGUCCGCCAGGCUAGUGGUUACACCAACCCCUCCGUUCUCGACGACGAUACUGUUACUAUCAAGCCCAUCGAGAAGGGUGUCUCCGUCGGUGCUGACUCCUUCACCUUCACUUUCCUGUGUGAGGGCUGUAUCAAGACCGACGGUACCACCUUCAAGGCCGCUGAUGCCAACGCUGUUCUCGGUUUCGCUAUCAGCUCUACCGCUCUUGACACCCCAUCCGAUGCUACGUCUGCCCUCAACUACCACGGUGCUGGCUUUGGUGGCUUCUCUCUCGAUACCGCCGCUGCUCAGUCCGCCGACUUCGAGACCUGGGCCAAGAUGGCUUCAUCUGGCACCGUUACCACGCCCGGCGGCUCUACCGGUACUCCUGCUGGUAACUUCACCACCGUUGUCUCCAACAUGACCUACGACUACAUCGUUGUUGGUGCUGGUGCUUCCGGUCUGAUCGUCGCCGAGCGUCUUCUUGAGUCCAAGAAGUCCGUUCUCCUCCUCGAGCAAGGCAAGGCUUCUAUGUACGCCUCCGGUGGCCGCUCUGUCAUGGACUGGAACUCAACCAUCACGCAGUAUGACACUCCGUCGAUGGCUUACCAUCUCACAACUGCAAAGGAUACCUCUGAGUACUGCACUGACACCGCCAGCAUGGCCGGUUGUAUUCUUGGUGGCGGAACUGUUGUCAACGCCCAAAUGUUCGUUCGACCCCAGCCCGCUGAUUUCGACGACAAGUGGCCCACCGGCUGGAAGUGGCAGGAUGUCCAGUCUUCUGCCGACAAGCUUUACGAGAGAACACCGGGCACCCUGAACCCUACCAAGGAUAUGAAGCGAGUUGACCAGGGUGCUUGGGACGUCCUCAGCAAGUGGUUCUCCGGCCUUGGCUUCACCGAGGUCGAUGGCAUCCAGGAGCCUAGCAAGAAGAAGGCUGUCUUCACUCACCCUCCUCUCAUGGUCACUGACGGUCUGCGAGCUGGUCCCGUCCGUGACUACCUCCCCCUGGCUCAGGCCAACCCCAACUUCAAGCUCCAGCUCAACACCAAGGUCAUGCGUGUCAUCCGUGAUGGCAAGAGCGUCACUGGUAUCGAAGUCCAGUCUGGUCCUUCAACCCGCCAGAUCAUCAACCUGAAGACCAACGGUGCUGUCAUCCUCGCUGCUGGCGCUCUUGCUACUCCCCGUCUUCUCGUCAACUCUGGCAUCGGCCCCUCUGAGCAGAUCGAGGCUGUUGCCAGCGGUAGCCAGCGUCUCACCAUGCCCUCCAAGGACCAGUGGCUUAACCUCCCCGUCGGAGAGAACCUGAAGGACCACCCCAUCUUCACCGUCAAGGUCAAGACCAAGCAGUCCCUCCCUGCUCUGAGCGACUCUGCCUUCACCGAGCCUAGCCAGACCGACAUUGAUCUUUUCGCUCAGGGCUCCGGUCUUCUUGCCCAGUCUGGCCAGCGAUUCAUUUUCUGGGACAGCGUCACAGGCUCUGACGGCGUCGAGCGAUACGUCCAGGGUACUUGCGCUCCCGCUGGUGACGAUGCUCUCAAGAUCAAGGUCUACCUCACCCACGGUGCCACCUCCAGCGGUGCCCUUACCGUGACCAGCUCUGGUGCUACCAAGCUUGUUGGCGAGCCUUACCUCAAGACUACCGGCGACAAGGAGGCCGUCAAGACCUUCAUGCAGAAGCUCAUCGACUAUGCUGCCAAGCCUAACAGCACUAUCACCAUCCCCAGCAAUGCUACUGCUCAGAGCCUCAUGGCUGAGUACGUCAGCGGCUCUCACUUCGUUGGUAGCGCCAUUAUGGGUACUGAGAACGAUGGCUCCAGCGUUGUCGACACUGACGCCAAGGUCUGGGGCACCGAGAACCUGUUCGUUGUUGACGGUUCCAUCCACCCUGAUCUUCCUACUGGUAACACCCAGGCCAUCAUCAUGGUUGCUGCUGAGCACGCUGCUGUCAAGAUCCUCGGCGGCGGAAGUGGUGUUGUUAGCCCUGUCGUUCCCUCCAACGGCACCGUUACUACUCCCGCUACGGAAACUGCUCCUGUUACCACACCUGUUACUACUCCCGUCGGUUCCAAGAAGCCCUCCAAGUGUAAGAGGGCCCUCCGACACCGUCGCAGCCGCCGUCACAUCUAA